AUGAGGCUCCAGAUCCUCUUCCUUAUGGUGUCCAUCCACGAGAUGGUGGUGUUUCUCUAUGUUCUGGGAAGCUUCAAUAAACAUGACCAGACUGAAGAGAUCGACCAGUGCUGGGUCCAGCCUCCAAAGAGUUUCUGUGGGAAAAGGUGCACGAGGAUGAAUGAAUGCAUGAGUGCAAACCACACGUGCUGCUGGACGUACUGCGGGAACAUCUGCUUGGACAACGGAGAACCCUUCAAAACACUGAUGAAACUCUAG